CAGAGGCGGAGGAGGAGACGCUUCAUACCGGUCUAUCCCUGAAACCGAGCUGGACACCGGGGCUACAGACCCCCACAUAUGGUAAAGACGGCUCCGAUCGCCUCGUUUUUAACCCAGGACGACAAAUAUCACACGCGAGGAGAUACACUAAAGAAGUUGUUUUAAAUCGGACCCGGUGCUAUUCUGACAACUUUAAAGCUUUGUAGUUACCCCAAGUGGACCUCCGAGCGGACCGACUCGUUGGAACGCAGCGAACCCGAAAAGGAGGUCAGAUAUCCGGGAGGCGUUGGAGCUUUCAGCCGCUGCCGAAGAAGGAGUUUAGCCUCGCAGAGAGAGCCGGGUCUUCCGGACAGAGACCUCAUGAAUGGACAUCGGAACAACAGGAGCCCAGUCCCUGUUCUCGUUGCCGCGGCGACCAGGUUAUGGCACCAUCGGGAAACCCAUCCGGCUCCUGGCCAACUGCUUCCAGGUGGAGAUCCCCAAAAUCGACGUGUACCUGUAUGAGGUGGACAUCAAGCCAGACAAGUGCCCGCGCAGGGUCAACAGGGAGGUGGUGGACUCCAUGGUUCAACAUUUCAAGGUGACGAUCUUCGGGGACCGUCUGCCUGUUUACGAUGGGAAGAGGAGCCUGUACACAGCACAGCCUCUGCCUGUCGCCACCAGCGGGGUGGACUUGGACGUGACUCUUCCUGGUGAGGGGGGUAAAGAUCGCCCGUUCAAAGUGACCAUUCGCUUUGUGUCGCUGGUGAGCUGGCACAUGCUGCACGAGGUCCUGACCGGGCGAGCUGUGGCAGAGCCCGUCGACCUGGACAAACCCAUCAGCACCAACCCAGUGCACGCCGUGGAUGUGGUACUGCGCCACCUGCCCUCCAUGAAAUACACCCCUGUGGGCCGCUCGUUCUUCUCGUCUCCGGAGGGAUACGACCACCCGCUGGGAGGGGGGCGUGAGGUGUGGUUCGGCUUUCACCAGUCAGUCCGCCCCGCCAUGUGGAAGAUGAUGCUCAACAUCGAUGUCUCUGCCACUGCGUUUUACAAAGCUCAGCCCGUGAUCCAGUUCAUGUGUGAAGUCCUGGACAUCCAUAACAUCGACGAGCAGCCCCGCCCCCUCACCGACUCCCACCGCGUCAAAUUCACCAAAGAGAUCAAAGGUACAUUUUCCAAAGGUCUGAAAGUAGAAGUAACGCACUGUGGGACGAUGAGAAGAAAAUACAGGGUCUGCAACGUGACGCGGCGGCCGGCCAGCCUCCAGACGUUUCCGUUGCAGUUGGAGAAUGGUCAGACGGUGGAGCGGACAGUGGCUCAGUAUUUCAGAGAGAAGUACAACCUGCAGCUGAAGUACCCGCACCUGCCCUGUCUGCAGGUGGGGCAGGAGCAGAAGCACACUUACCUGCCCCUGGAGGUGUGUAACAUUGUGGCCGGGCAGCGCUGUAUAAAAAAGCUCACAGAUAACCAGACAUCUACGAUGAUCAAAGCCACAGCGCGCUCGGCUCCAGACAGACAGGAGGAGAUCAGCAGACUGGUGCGCAGCGCGAACUAUGAGUCCGAUCCGUUUGUUCAAGAGUUUCAGUUCCGGGUCAGAGAUGAGAUGGCUCAGGUGACGGGCCGCGUGCUGCCGGCCCCCAUGCUGCAGUACGGCGGCAGGGUGAGCUCUGAGCCCUUCAUGAACCGGACGGUGGCGACUCCGAGUCACGGCGUGUGGGACAUGAGAGGGAAACAGUUUCACACCGGAGUUGAGAUCAAGAUGUGGGCCAUCGCAUGCUUCGCCACACAGCGCCAGUGCAGAGAGGAAAUCCUCAAGAGUUUUACAGACCAGCUGAGGAAGAUCUCUAAAGAUGCCGGGAUGCCGAUCCAGGGCCAGCCGUGUUUCUGUAAAUAUGCUCAGGGCGCAGACAGCGUGGAGCCCAUGUUCAGACAUCUCAAAAACACAUACGCCGGACUGCAACUGAUCAUCGUCAUCCUGCCUGGAAAAACUCCUGUAUACGCUGAAGUGAAGCGAGUUGGAGACACUUUAUUGGGGAUGGCCACUCAGUGCGUUCAGGUGAAAAAUGUGGUUAAGACGUCGCCUCAAACUCUAUCCAACCUCUGCCUCAAAAUCAACGUCAAACUGGGAGGAAUCAACAACAUCCUGGUCCCACACCAACGUCCCUCGGUUUUCCAGCAGCCGAUUAUCUUCCUCGGAGCGGAUGUCACUCACCCUCCAGCGGGAGACGGGAAGAAGCCAUCUAUAGCAGCGGUGGUGGGCAGUAUGGAUGCUCAUCCCAGCCGGUACUGUGCCACGGUGCGAGUGCAAAGGCCCAGACAGGAGAUCAUCCAGGACCUGGCCUCUAUGGUCCGAGAGCUGCUCAUCCAAUUUUACAAAUCCACCAGAUACAAACCCACCAGGAUCAUCUUCUACAGGGACGGAGUGUCAGAGGGACAGUUCAGACAGGUGCUGUACUAUGAGCUGCUGGCGAUCAGAGAGGCCUGUAUCAGUCUGGAGAAGGAGUACCAGCCCGGGAUCACCUACAUCGUGGUCCAGAAACGCCAUCACACCAGACUGUUCUGUGCCGAUCGCAAUGAGAGGGUUGGUCGUAGUGGAAACAUUCCUGCUGGUACCACAGUGGACACAGACAUCACCCACCCGUACGAGUUUGACUUUUACCUCUGCAGCCACGCGGGCAUCCAGGGCACCAGUCGUCCCUCUCACUACCACGUGCUCUGGGAUGAUAACUGUUUCACUGCAGAUGAGUUUCAGCUCCUGACAUACCAGCUGUGCCACACGUACGUGCGCUGCACCCGCUCCGUGUCCAUCCCCGCGCCCGCCUACUACGCCCACCUCGUGGCCUUCAGGGCACGCUACCACCUGGUCGACAAGGAGCACGACAGUGCGGAGGGCAGUCAUGUUUCGGGGCAGAGUAACGGCAGAGACCCCCAGGCCUUGGCGAAAGCAGUUCAGAUCCACCACGACACUUUGCGGACCAUGUACUUCGCCUGAGACCCUCCAAAAAAACAGUCCAGACCAGACCAGUCCAGACCAGUCCUGCCUGAACCUGAACCGGACCUGGGUCUGCCCCUCCCCUCUGCCUCUGCACUGGUGCUGUUUUGGUCCACAAGGGGGUGACAAGAAAGCCAGAGAGGAGUAUAGCCACAAUAUGCAACUAAACCAGCUAACUGCCUCUGUGCGCACGCCAUGUUUUAAGAUAUCCGCAUUUCCUACACUCCAUUUUAGAUCUACAGCUUCGCAAAGUUGUAUUUUAUUUAUGCUUUUGAGUACGGUGCGUUCAAAUGUAGUUGGAAAUGUGGGUGCUUUGAUUCAUGGCGAAAGCAGGUAGCAGCCACAGUGACUUGCCUCGCGUUGAGCCUAAAGACGCUGGUUAAAACUGUAGACAGAUUUACAUACAUGUUUGUGCGUCCGUGUGCGUAACUGUGACCUGUUUGUGUUGACGGUGAGAGAGUGAAUGCCAUGGCGACACCUGUUAAAACUAAAAGCUCCCGUAGACUUUAUAUAGAAGACUGGACUGACUGUUUCAAAGUGCACAUGACAGGUUGGACUACUCAUUUUACUCAAACGUAGUUAAGAUCGUUCAUUAUAUGGAAGAAUUUACGAGAAAUGUUACAAUUUUAUCCCCAGUUUGGCCAUUUUUGACAGCACAUUUGGUAAUACCAUAUGUACACUGGGCCAAAACUCCUCUAAGGUACACAGAAAUUAAUAUUUAAAAAACAAAAAUAUAAUAAAACACGUUUAUUUUGUUGCCAUAAUAUUUAAAUUAUCUGAAAAAAUGUAUUUCCUGUGUAAAUUGUCCUCAACUUAUGGGCAGAAUUCUCCCUAGUGUGAUGCCAUCAAUACGGGACUCUCUAAAAUAUACAGUAACUCAGCACUUCCUGUAAGUUUCAACAUAUUUUUCAACUUUUUUUCACAAAUUUCUUCUUGAUUGGCGUAAAACUAUCAUUUAUUUUUACAACAGGUACUAGUAGAAAUGUGAGAAUCGUCAAAACCUGCCAUACGCACUUAAAAAUACUUAAAAUCUUAAUGCAAUAUUGGCAUGACAGUGGUUGAAAACAGUAAUUUAUUUAUUUAUAUUCUAAUUUCCUUCUCCAAAUUUGUCACUUUUUAAGAUUUUGGCUUUUCAAGUGUCACUUAAAACAAUCUGAAGUGUCACUAAAAUCAUAACUAAACCAUGAUUAGACUGGGACUAAACCAGGACUGAACCAAGUCUAGUCCAGGACCAGUUCCAGUCUAAAAGGACGAAAAGACAACAGAAGUUCGAGAACCACUUAUACUUCUGUUUGAACUCAUUCUUAAACGUGAUCACGUUUAAUAAGAAGUAAAAUCAUGUUCUCUUUUCUAAUCACAUCUUCCGUCCGGUUUUUGUUACUUUGUCUAUGGGAGCUUCGAAAAACGCAGCAAUGCCCUUUAAAUAAUUCCUGUAUUUCUUCAGUGGCUGGUCAGUUAUUGCCUCUUGAAAAAAGCCAAUGGUGACCUGAAGCGCCACUGUACAGUAUAAGGCCUAAAACUGCACAAAAUUACAAAAUAUUUGAACCAAAACCUUCAGCCAUUUUGAUUUACUUGAUGUGCGAAUGAACUGAUGCCAUUGGCUGUUAUUAUUAUUAUUAUUAUUAUUUAGUUAUACCUAUUGUGUGUAUAUUUUAGUACUCUUUGCUAUUUAUUUCUCUUAAAUUAAGUUUCAGCAAUACAUUAGUCGAUACGGUUUUUAUCGCCACAAUUUUGAGACAUUUCUGCCUUUUUAUUGACCAAUUAAGUUAUGAAGAGCCCUACUGUGCAAUAAAAAGUUAAUAUUUAAGAAAACAGAACCCUAAAUACAGUAGUAGAUGAAAGAUGCUUAUUUAAAUUGUGGAUUGAAAACUGUGUUGUUGUAAGUGAGAUUUUGGCAAGUGACAAUGAAAGACAGUGAGUGGGUUGUGCAGUAUUGGGGAUGUGUUUUGGAGAAAUCACAAAAAGUGCCUGAAAAGUUGAUAGAAAGUGUGUUUUUUUUAAGGUGUAGACAACAGUUUGGUGCCUCUUGUGUUUAAAAUCGUUGUUUAAAUAUAAUAUGAGACCAGACACUACCAGAUACUUUUGAUUAUAGGUUUUACAAAUGGAGAAAUUAAAUAUAAAUAGAAUGUAGAUUUACAUUUUUUCCCUUGUGGAUCAAUAAAGUGUGUGUAAAUCUAAAUAUAUGAAAACAUUAUAUGGAAACGCACAGGAUCAUCAAGCUUAAAGGUGCAUUGUGUAACUUUUCUGGGCCUGUCUCCUGCUUGUUUCCAUGGAUAUGUCAUUGCUCUGCCUGGAAUGUUCCACAGUAUGACUUUAAACAGCUCUACUUUACAUGUAUUCAUUUACAGGUGGUUUUAUAGCUCAAAAAUGCCUAGAAAAACAACAUUCUGACUGUGAGUGGGGUCGCCUCUCCACAGAUCUAGCCUGUAACUUGGUCUGGUUUGGUUUCCAGGAAAAUAGAAAGGUUUAAAGCCAUACUGUGAAACAUUCCAGACAAAGCAAUAAUAUCUCCAAAAGUUACACAAUGCACCUAUAAAUAAAAACCACAUAUAAUUUCUUGCCGUAGCAUCCAAUAUCAGUGCUUGUAUAGACCACUGUAGACCAAAUAUAAAAUUUAUUUUCAAAAUCAUAGCUAGGGAUGCACUGAUCCAGCUUUUUAAGUACUGUAACUUCAAGCUGAUACCAGUAUGAAUCGAUUCCAGUGUAGGGAUGGAAAAUGGCGCUUAUUUCAUUAAAAGAGAAUGAACUUACUACACUACCAGUCAAAUGUUUUAGAACCCCACACUUUCUUAAUGAAACUUAUGCAGUUUUUUGUGUCACUGCACUCUGAAAUGAAAGCAUAGAACAAAUAAGCAAUUUGAGCUGACAAAGAAAUCAUGGAAUCAAUUUACAAACCAAAACGUAUUCUAAACUUUUGUGUCCACCUUUGGCAGAUCGAACAGCUGAACACACUCGUGGCUCGUUCUUUUUACAGAAAAUUCUUCCCAAGUCUGUUGCAGAAGUUCCCAUAAAUGUGUGGCACUUGUAAAUUUCUUGGCUUUCACUCUUUUGUCCCAUUUAUCCCAAAACCAGCUCAAAGGGGUUUAAGUCUGGAGACUGUGCUGCACACUCCAUGUUUUCAAUCUCACCAUCUUGUUCUUUUUUCCCUGAGGUAGUUUUGGCAGAGCUUGGAGUUGUGUUUUUGGUCAUUAUCUUUUUUUUUUUUUUUAAAACCUCUGGCUGUUCAGUACUUACCUUUUGUACCAUUUCAAGCUCUUCAUUCGAGUUACAAGACUUGAAUUGCAAUAAAUAACUGGAAAAAUUAAAUUAAAAACGUUUGACCGGUAGUGUACACAAAAGAUUCAAUUGUGUUACGUAACUUGUUCCUUCAAAUCACUACUGAACAGCUUUGCAUGAAUAAAAGCUCAAAAAUUAUGAGACAUUCUUGGCCAAAAAUCAAUCAAUCUGUUAUUACAUCCAAUUAAACCAGCCCAACCAGGAAAUCGACUGAACUGAUGUCAUGGAAAAAAUAAUCGAUCCAGCUCAUUUUUCAGUAUCAAAGCACGACUUUCCAUCCCAAUAUCUGUAUCCGUGCAUUCCUAAUCAUAGCUAGAAACUAAAUUAGAAAAUGUAGUUUAAGGUACAAGUUAUUUCAUAUAAAAAAAUAGUUUGAGAAUCCCAGUUAGAGUAAUAAUCAAUAAAAACACCAAUUAAUAAUAAUGAUAUAAUAUUCUAAAGAAACUGUGCGUUACGUAGAGAAUAUUUAUCGAGUUUUUAUUCAUAUUUCAACUCCAGAGUUUAUUCACGAGCACUUUAACCAGGCCUGUAAAACUCAAGGGCCUUUCCUGGCAGCGCAGUUGUUCAAAAUGUAAAGCUCUUGUGUAACAUUCAGUCACGUUACCAUGGAAACCGCACACGUACUAAUGGUACUAUUGAAAGGUGAUACCUAAAAAAAAAAAGUUCUCAGUCCUCCAAAUAUUGAACUAUUAGUCAAUUAUCCAGUUAGUGAAUCGUUUAAAGGCGCACUGCGUAACUUUUCGUCGCCUGCUUGUCGCUAUGGAAAUCUUAUUGCUUGGUCUAGAGCAUUACAAAUCACAUCUGUGGAGAGUCGACCCUAUUCGCAGAAGGAAUUACUGUGUUUUUGAGCAACAGAAACACCUGUAAUGGAUAUUUUUAAAGUCACACCAUGGAACAUUCUAAACAAAGCAAUAAAAUCUCCAUGGAGACAACCAGGUGACGAAAGCUCCACCAGAAAAGUUGCGCAGUGCACCUUUAAUCGUGGAAUAAUACAAGAAGAGAUGCUUAAAAUAGGUUAGUACUGGCCUAGAACGUACCAGACUAAACCUGAUUUGGUCCAGUUCUGGGACUAGGGACUAAUUGCACAGUGGUCUAAUGUAGUUUUAAAUAUAUAAAUAUAAAUAUAUUAGUUAAAUCAAACGUUGUAAUUCACCAGUGCGCCACUAGGGGUCGUUGUACCAGAAUUUUAGACACGAUUACGGUGUAUCCAUUGUUUUCUGAAUGUCAUUUAAAGCAAAAUAUCCUCUUUUGAAUGAAGAAAAGUCCUCAAAAUGUCAAAAGCAAAACCAGUGCAUUAUCAAACCUCAUUAUUUAAAUUUUAUUAACCAAACAUUAUUAUUUGACUGCAUAUUUGCAAUAAGAAACACGCUGUAUACUCUUAUGGCUUGUGGGCUUAAGACUAUUACCAAAUAUAACACAAAUAAUGUAAAGACAACCGUUUUCGAUUGUUUGAAGAGCAUUUUCUCAGUAAUUAUAAUGCUAAAAUGGUGCUGUCUCAGUGACGGAGAGGGGGAUUCGAGGUCUAUAGGCGAUGCAUCUCUGGACCAAACCCAAGCGUGCCUAUAGAGAAGCGUCGGAGGAGGAGGAAGAGGAGGAGGAGGAGGGUCAAACUUAAGCUGCUAAGAGAAAAAGAGAGAGAAUAUAAUACUACUAAAGAGAUAUAUAUGAAAGCAAAUACAAACACUGCACUUACAGAUGGAGAGCAGCUACGAUGGUGCUAGAUUUCUUCUCUUAAAAUGUUCAGUGGCUUUUAAAUGUGCAGUAUAAGACUGUUUUUGUGUUUUGAAGUGAGGUUGUGAUGUUUAACAAAAGGCCAAUAUUGACAAUUAAUGUUGUUUUCUCAUCAAAAACAUCCCUAUAGUUGUGUUUUGUUUUGUUCAACUCUGCAUAUUUAGGCUGAUUUCUUCUCUUAAAUGGAAAAACACUCUGUUUGGAAGUGCUCCGUUAUGUUUUUAAACUCGAUAAACCUUGACUAAGUUUAUCAUGUGUGUAACUUUGCCCUAGGAAUUUGAAAUCUGUACUGAACUAAAAGCAAAACGUAGCUGUUAAUGUGAAAACUACCGGUUCGUUUUGAGCUUUUUGAGACGUAGACAGACUAAUAAAGCAGGAUUAUUCAACUUACUGUGAUUGAAACAAAACAAAACACAGCUCCAGGUCUGUUUUUAAUCAGGAAACCACAUUUUGAGAGGCUAAAAGCUCCCAAAAGUCAAAUUUGUGUAAUGUAGGACCUUUUUAAACGUUAUUUUUUAACAUCCUCACUUCAAAACAACACCCUUAUCUCUUAAUAUUUUCGCCUCCUGAGUUUCAACAUUACCAGCGUUGUACUUGAAUAGUUCUUUGCUUCUCGAGCCUUAUCAUGAAUUAACCUGGAGUUUUCUUAUAUAAAUUAACCUAAAGCUUCAGUAGGGUUUGUUUGUACCACCGUCGUCUAACCGAGUCAAAAAUGCCUUUCUCCCAACGCGAUACAAGAUUUGUAAGUGAAAGCUAUAUUUAUACUUUGUAGAUGGUAAUAAAAUGCACACAAAACUUGCUUAUUUUUCAUAAACCAAAAUCGUAUCUGAAGCUGAAGUUUUAAAGCCGCACUGUGUAACUUUUCCGGUGUAGGGGCCGCCGUUUGCUUGUCUCCACGGCGAUGCUGUUUUGUUUUAUUUUGGGAUGUUUCACAGAAUGGCAUUUAUUAACAAUUAUAUAUAUCGAGUUUAUUCAGUUUGAGGAGUUUUUAUUUCGCAAAACUACCACAAAAACACGCGUUAUUACAGUGAGCGAGCCCACUUCUCCACAGAUCUGUCGUGUAACUCAUCCUGGCAAUGUCGUUUCCAUGGAGAUCGUUAAAUUAAAUGCGAUACUGUAAAAAAUUCCAGGAAAAAGCAAUAAAAAAAACAUGGAGAAAAACAUCUACUCAUGGAGUUAUAAGCAGGUUAGGCGGGCAGUUACCGGAAAAGUUACGCAGUGCGCCUUUAUUUAAGUGGUCUCAUUUGAUAAAUUUGACGAUGCAAUAUUGAUUUUAAUUUAUGUGAAGUCUUUAAAGUCUCUUCUUUCAUAUUUCCACAACUGGAGAGGUCUUGCCUGUUGUCCGAAGACCUGUGCCUUUUCGAAUGGUGCUUAAAACAUUUUACAAGCAAAAUAAUCAAAGACAAACAUUCACAAAACUAUAUUGAUAUUAAUUAUUAUUGUAUUAUACUGUAAGGAGUGUGUGCGUUUUUGUGUAUGUUUUAAAAUGUGUGUGAAUGUCAAAUAUUUUAUGCCAAGAAGACAAAAAUAUGCAGAGUUUUUGGAGCAGGACCAAACAGUGGCCCGUGGGGGAUGUAGUCAAGUCAGUGGGCACUCGCAAACCCAAAAAAACAGCAUUUGAAUGUGAUAUUUUUGGUGAUUUUUUUGGAAUGUUCCAUAGUGUGGCUUUAAAUGUGUCAUUUUAGCAUUUAUUUGCAAGUCUUUUGUUUGUUUAGAAAUAAAUAAAUAGGUAAAAAUGCUUAAUUAAUUCUUACUUUGAGCGGGAUCACGUCUCCACAGAUUUGACCUGUAAAGUGGCCUGCUUGUCUCCAUGGAAACAGAGGAGUUUAAUGCCAUACUGCGGAAUGUUCUAGAUAAACCAAAACAUCUCAUGGAGGAAGCAGGUGGAGGGACUUUUAAUUGAAAGCAAACUUUAUAAGUUGAUGUAAAAUAAGCAGAUUUUCCUUUUUUAGUGCUUAAAGCUGCACUGUGUAACUUUUUGGUUGCUGUCCGUCAGCUGUUUGUUAUUGCUAUGCUUGGAAAUGUUCCACAGUAUGACUUUAAACAGCUCUACCUUUACAUUUAUUAAAGUACAGGUGGUUUUAUAGCUCAAAAAUACUUAAAAAAAAAAAAAAAAAAAAAAUCCAAACAAAGCAGUAACAUCUCCACGGAGAAAAGCGUUUGACAGACCUUCCACCAGAAAAGUUACACAGUGCAUCUUUAAAUUAAUUGAACUUUAAUAUCAUCUUGUGAGUUAACACUAUGAAACUAAAAUACUCCCUACAGCUCACUCAAAAGUCUCAAAAUAUCACGUUAAAAAUGGGUAAAAUCACUCAAGACAUUUCAGUUCAUUCUCAGAGUAAAAGUUGAUGUAGCAUUAUUUAUUUAGCUCCAUUUUACUGCCGCAGUUUCUUUCCUUCAAAAUAAAAUCACUGUAUCUUAUAUUUUCUCGUUUUAAUGUGAAAUAUUGCAGUCGUUUACAGCUUUGGUUCAGGACAGUUGUGAGUCUUGAGUGAAAUAAAACAACUGCGAGUGCCCAAAAAUAAAGGACGCCCCACAUAACAGACUCUUACCUCUCUGUAGUUGGCUGCAUAUCAAGAAUACUCUUGAAAAUACAAUGUUUAGUUUAAUGGUUUUAUUACUAAUGAUUGUUGCUUGUUUUAAUUUUGCUUUGUGUCACUUUUAGAAAUACAUUUGUCGAGACUUUGGUCUUAAACUCGUCUGAACCUGCUCCAGUGUCGAGCCUUUGUUUGGCUGUUAAUGUUAUAUUUAAUUUUUGAUUAAAAUACUUCUAUGUACAAAA